AUGUUGGAGACAGCAGCGACAGCUUUCUAUCAUCCUAAUGGUCAACAGACCAAAGGUAUAUUGAGUAACAUAGCGAUACCUUCAUCACUGCCAGUUCAACUUUCAGCAAUGCUCCCAUUUUCUUCAUUAUUUGGACAAAAAAUGAAUCGUAAAUUGGUUGAUCAAGCAAUUACCCUCUCCGCUAUUGCUGUGGAAGAAGACCAACAAGGGAAUCAUCCAUGCGCAUUAGAUUUAUACUUGACUGCCCUUGAAAGUUUACUGUAUGCAAUGCCAAUUCAUUCGGAUGCGAAUCGAAAAGAGGCUAUUAAACAAAAAUUACGAGAUUUUAUCGAUAAUGUCGGUCUAUCUGAUGAGUUUCUUGCUCCGCCAACGCAGAGCACCACCCCCUCUUUAGCCCGUUCAUUAUACUCAUCCAACAGUCCAACCGAUUCGAUAUUCUCGCCAACUAGCCCAACAACGCCAUGUCACGAGAAACCUAACCAAUCCGGUCCCUCCAUUUCUGAAUACAUAAUCAGUGGAGCAAUAAACUCCGCCGUUGCGCUAAAACAAUCUCCAAUCCCUGACGCGAUAUCCGCCACGAUAAACUACACAAUGAAAAAAUUCAAGCAAGUCGAUGAGACUUAUGGGCUGCAGGACAAAGCAUGGGAAAUCUCUCGAACUGGAAUGACCUUGGCGUUGGAGAUUGAUGAGCAAUAUAAUGUGCACGAGAAGGUUGCAAAUGCUAUGUUUACGGGUUUGGCUGCGGUGAUGAGAGCUGGAAUAGCGUAUAAGGAGGCAACAUCGUACCAAGAAUUGAAGAAGAGGAAUAGAGAAUUUGAUUUCCGCUCGAACUUAAUUCUUCCGUCACAAACGCCGUAA